UCUCCCCACCCUAACUAAGUUGGGCUGGGGAAGUUUACCCGAAGAGUCACUGAUUGUAAGUUCUCGGAUCAGCAACAGACAGUAUUUCCCAAACUUUCUGUUCUGAGACCAGAAACCUUGCUUUGUUCUAUGGGGACUUUAAGGGAUCCAGAUCUUAAAGGUAGCAUUGGACAUGUCAAGGCAUUGGAGCUUAUAUUUCUUCUCAUCCAAGAAUUCAGAAACUUGACAAUCAACUGAUUCACUAAAACCCAUCUCUGUAGAAAGAUUUUUAGAAGAUCCAUAGAAGAUGAAAGCAAGGGCCGGUAAUGGAAUAUGAAUACCAAAGUAUGGAAAUCAAAGAAUAAUAUCAGAAAUGCAAAAGUUCAAAAUGAACAGAGACAAUGAAGAAAGCUGGGAUUAACAAAAAUUGGGAGUAUGGCAAAGCAAGAAAGAGCAAAGAAGUAAUAAGACUAUCAUUUAGGGAGAAGGUAGAGCAGACAGCAGUCUAGAGUUACUGUGUGGCUUUCACCCUCUGCUACAAGCUGAAAGGCACAGCUUUCAGAAAUGUCAGAAAUCCUCCGGGAACUAGUCUACGUUUCUGAAAAGGCAGCAAACAUUGCCCGGGCCUGCAGGCAGCAAGAAUCACUUUUCCAACUACUAAUAGAAGAAAAGAAAGAAGGAGAAAAGAACAAGAAAUUUGUAAAUGACUUUAAGACAUUGGCUGAUGUACUGGUACAGGAAGUUAUAAAACAAAAUAUGGGCAACAAGUUUCCAGGCUUGGAGAAUCAUAUAUAUGGAGAAGAAUCCAAUGAAUUUACUAAUGAGUUAGGAGAAAAGAUCACAGUUAAAGUAUGUCCAUCAGAAGAAGAAACUGCACAACUUCUUAGUAAGGUUCUUAAUGGUAACAAGUUGGCAUCCGAAGCACUGGCCCAAGCUGUACAUCAAGAUAUUUCAUUUGCUGACCCAGCUCUGGAUUUGGUGAAAAUCAACAUUCCACAAGAUAUCAUGGGAAUGUGGGUGGAUCCCAUAGACUCUACUUAUCAAUACAUAAAAGGGUCUGCUGACAUCAAGCCCAAUCGAGGAAUAUUUCCAUGUGGACUUCAGUGUGUUACUAUAUUAAUUGGUGUCUAUGAUAGACAAACAGGGGUGCCAUUGAUUGGAGUCAUCAAUCAACCAUUUGCUUCACAAGAUGUAAAAACACUCAGGUGGAAAGGACAGUACUUUUGGGGCCUUUCUUAUAUGGACUCCAACAUUCAUUCACUUCAGCUUUCCAAUGAGAACGGAAAUGAUGGUGAAGCAGCCAGCCAGCUGACUGAAGAGACCAGCUGUGAACCUAAAUUCACCAAGCACUUUUCUGCUGUCAUUAGUACAAGUGAAAAGGACACCAUCAAAACAGCCCUAUCCAAUAUAUGUGGUGAAAAUGUAUAUGGGGCAGCUGGAGCUGGGUACAAGAGCCUUUGUGUUGUACAAGGUUUUGCUGAUGUCUACAUCUUUUCCGAGGAUACCACAUUCAAAUGGGACUCCUGUGCUGCGCAUGCCAUAUUGAAGUCAAUUGGUGGAGGAAUGGUGGAUUUGAGGGAGUGCUUAAAAAGAAACCCAGAAACUGGGCUUGAUUUGCCGCACUUGUUGUACAAUGUGGACAAUCAAGGGGCUACUGGUAUAGAUCGAUGGGCCAAUAAGGGUGGACUUGUUGCUUACAGAUCACAGCAAAGGCUAGAAACAUUCCUGGAUCUGCUGAUUGAAAACUUGUCACUUUCUAACAUGUUGACAUAGGUUGGCACCUGAAAUCAGUGUGUAUUUGUCUUAUACCAUAACAGUAUUUCUGAUUUACCUUUAUCUCUAAAGUAGCUUUGUAUUGUUUUGUGGUUAAAUGUUCAAGUUCUUCCUAUGAAUAGCAAUACCUAUUUGCACUUAAAACCAAUUCUUUUUCUAUUACUAUGCUUUAAACAUCACUAAUUCUGAUCUUUGAGCCGAAGAAUUUUGUGUAACAAUAUAAAAAUGUAUCUAGCGCAACGUUAGUCUACCAAAGACUGGUCCAAAACAUAGAAUAUUUAAAUUAUACAGUAGAUUCUUUGGAUUAUAGUAAAUUUUUAUGGGAAAAGAUUCAUUUGUGUGGAAAAUGGAUAGUAUUCUAAAUCUAUACCCAAUGACUUACCCUCCAACAAAAAAAACUAAGUUACAAAGAAUUUGGAGAGAAUAGUCUUCAUACCAUAUGAAUCUUUGCUUCUAUAAAUGUUGCUUACUCUUAUUAAAAUUAUCUGGUAGAUCCUACUCCUAUUUUGUGGUCUUUCAGACCCAGUGCUGCUAACUACAAAGAUAAGCAGGAUGGGAGAAAAGCUUGAGCUCAAACUCACACUGAGAAUAUGCGAGCUAAAGGGGAUCAAAAGCAGAAAGAGCCCCUUCAAAAUUUAAUUUUCUUAGGAUUACCAGACUGUUGUCUGCCGUAUGCCCUCUGGUGGUUAUUUAGAGUGCCUGCAGUGUUCUCUAUCAACAUAAAGCACUGAACUCUAGUUUCUUAAUGGAGGAUAUUUAGUAUGCAGACGAUUGAAAUUUCAAAUCAUGGUCCAUCUUCUGAUUUUUUUCUUUGUCUUUCCUUCUAGGACUUUCUGAUAAAUAUUUAUUAAGUACCUGCCAGGUACUAUACU